GUUCCCCGCGGCUGCAGGUCGCGCGGGCGCCGGGCUCACUCCCGCUGGGGCCGCGGUGUCGCAGAGGCUCGAGAUGCUGGCUGCGCUGGCGCGGGUGGCUGCUCUGCGGAGGACCGGCUGUGUGCGCGGCCCGGGCGGCAGGAGGCAGCUGUGGACCGGCCCCCCGCAGUCAGAUACUGACAAUGUGAAGCCAUUGGAGGGUAUAAAAGUUCUGGAUCUAACAAGAGUAUUGGCAGGACCUUUUGCUACGAUGAACUUAGGAGAUCUUGGAGCAGAAGUUAUAAAAGUGGAAAGACCAGGAGCUGGUGAUGAUACACGAACUUGGGGACCACCUUUUGUGGGGACAGAAAGUACUUAUUUUCUCAGUGUAAAUCGAAAUAAAAAAAGUAUAGCUGUUAAUAUCAAGGAUCCAAAAGGGGUGAAAAUCAUCAAAGAGCUUGCAGCUGUGUGUGAUGUAUUUGUGGAAAACUAUGUCCCUGGCAAACUAUCUGCAAUGGGCCUGGGAUACGAAGAGAUAGACAGAAUCGCUCCUCACAUCGUCUACUGCUCCAUCACAGGGUACGGCCAGACAGGUCCACUGUCUCAGCGAGCUGGUUAUGAUGCUGUGGCCUCUGCUGUCUCUGGUCUGAUGCAUAUCACAGGGCCUGAGGACGGAGAUCCAGUUCGUCCAGGAGUGGCCAUGACUGAUCUUGCCACUGGCCUGUAUGCAUAUGGAGCCAUUAUGGCUGGAUUGAUACAAAGAUAUAAAACUGGAAAAGGACUGUUCAUUGAUUGUAACCUACUGUCAUCUCAGGUGGCAUGUUUAACCCAGGUAGCUGCUAAUUACCUUAUUGGCCAAAAGGAAGCGAAACGUUGGGGCACAGCUCAUGGCAGUAUUGUUCCCUACCAGGCUUUUAAAACCAAGGAUGGCUAUCUUGUAGUUGGAGCAGGAAAUAACCAACAGUUUGCUACCGUGUGCAAGAUCUUGAAUUUGCCUGAACUGAUUGAUGACUGCAAGUAUAAAACUAAUCACCUUCGGGUACAGAAUAGAAAAGAGCUUAUUAAAAUAUUAUCUGCACGGUUUGAAGAAGAAAUGACCAGCAAGUGGUUACACCUCUUUGAAGGCAGUAAAGUCCCCUAUGGCCCAAUAAACAAUAUGAAGAAUGUAUUUGCAGAACCUCAGGGAACACAGAUGAUCCUGAGGUCUAGGAAAACUACAGUGAAGAUGUACCAUUUGUCUGUCUUUAGAGUGGUGGUAUUACACAAUGGCCUCAUUAUGGAAAUGAAACAUCCAACUGUGGGGAAGAUAUCAGUCCCAGGCCCAGCUGUGAGAUACAGUAAGUUCAAGAUGUCAGAGGCCAGGCCACCUCCCCUGCUUGGGCAGCACACGACGCACAUCCUGAAAGAGGCCCUCAGAUACGAUGACAGGACCAUUGCCGAGCUGCUCAGGACUGGAGUAGUGAACCAGCAUGAAGCCGAAUGACAGAAGAAAAAUGCUCUUUCUUAAAAACAGCGUCUGACUGCACUUUACUAGCAAAGGCAAUACUCUUUCUGAACCCUACUUCCCAAUUCUGGUGCUUGGCACUAAAAAGAAGAAUAAAUUCCAGAUUUCCUGCCUAGCAUUUGGCUCUGGUAUCAAUGAAUCUAGUGCUUCUUAAAUGUAUCCCACCUUUCAUUCAUUACCAUUUUUUUCCUCCAGAUAAUAGAUUAAUUGUGAAUUUGUGGGAUUUUUUGGUAAAGAUUUUUUUUUUUUUUUUUGAAAAAUGCAUUCCUUCUUCUAAUUAGAUGAAUAGCCUAAACAUUUUGCCUCCCCAGCUCAUGCAGGUCUGAAAAAGAGCAGGUCUCUUGACAUUCUCUACUUGCACAUAAAGUCCUCAUUUAAACCUUUGUUAGGAAGUCAAAGCAAUAAGCAGAAUGACAGUCUCAGUGAUUGAUUUUAAACAGAAUAACUUAAUUUUGAGCUCAUGAGCUCUUUGUUAAUCUGUAAUUUAAACCAUGGAUUUUGCUGAUGGCCAUUAUAAAACCGAACUUCAUUCUCCACAGGGGAGUAAAUGUUUGACUUAUGCUGUAUUUCUCUAAUUAAUUUCAUGAUACAUAGCAGAAAAUCGAUUUCCACCAAUGCAUUUUGAGGUGUAGGUAUCUAUCUGCAAUAAGAGUAGAAAAGUGGUUCUUUAAUUGAUACCUUAUUUUGAGCCAAGUGUAAAUGCAACAUGUUUGUGAAUGAAUAGCAGAUGACUACCUAGGUAUUAAAUAAUGUAUAAACAAUGACAAAUAGAAGAAUAAAACAUUUUUCUUAUAAUUUGAGUAUCCACUGUAGAAAAAUGUAUCCUGUCUUGAUAUUAAA